GUCGAGCAUGGAGUUUGCUACGGGGGCGAUGAGCUCUCUCCUCCCCAAGCUGGGGGAGCUGCUCGUAGAGGAGUACGACCUGCAGAAUAGUGUGAAGCAGGGGAUCAAGGACCUCCGGGAGGAGCUCUUGAUGAUGCAAGCUGCACUUGUGAAGGUGUCCAAUGUGCCACUGGAAGAUCUUGAUCCCGUGGUCAGGAUUUGGGCCAACGACGUCAGGGAGCUAUCAUUUGCCAUCGAGGACAGCCUCGACUCCUUCAUGGUUCGUGUGGUGGGUCUUGAGCCAACCAAGCCUCACACCUUCUUGGGGUUCAUCAAGGAGACAAAGAGCAAGGUCACCAAGCUCAAGGUUCGCCGCGAAAUAGCCAAGAACAUCAAAGGCGUCAAAAUCCAAGUUAAAGAGGCGAAGGAGAGGUACGAUAGAUACAAAGAUGUUAUCAGUGAUGCAAGUGUUGCAACAAAGGUUGAUCCCCGCCUCUUAACUCUGUACAACAAAGUAUCUAACCUUGUCGGCAUCGACGAGGCUAUCGAUGAGCUAACAAAGAGGCUGUCCAAGAGCGAUGAUGUGGCCCAGCAACAGCCCAAGACUGUUUCUGUCGUUGGAUUUGGAGGACUGGGCAAGACAACUCUUGUUAAGGCAAUAUAUGACAACCUUAAGAAGGAAUUUGAUUGUGGGGGUUUUGUUAUAGUUGGUCGGAAUCCUGACCAGAAGAAAGUCCUUAGAGACAUCCUCCAUGAACUUGACAAGCACAAGCACAUCACUGAAUCAAAAAUGGAUGAAAGACAACUCAUCGACCAACUGCAAGAAUUCCUUGCAGACAAGAGGUACCUAAUUGUUAUUGAUGACAUUUGGGAUGUAUCAACAUGGGAAAUGAUUAAAUGUGCAUUGGCAGAUAGUAACUCUGGAAGUAGAGUAAUCACAACUACUCGUAUUCAUGAAGUUGCCAAAAAAGUUGGUGGUGUUUACAACAUGAAACCACUUUCUGAUGAUAACUCCAAAAAGCUAUUCCAUAGCAGAAUAUUUGGAGAUGAAGGUACAAGUCUUGAUGAUCAGUCAGAUGAACUUUCUGAUAAUUUCUUCGGAGAAUGUGGUGGUGUGCCAUUGGCUAUCAUUACGUUAGCUAGCUUUCUUGUUAGUAAGCCAAGGGGUGUCUGGUGUAAGGUGUUUGACUCAAUUGGUUUUGGUCAGGAACACAAUGAAGCUAUUCAAAACACAAGACAAAUAUUGUCUUUUAGCUAUUAUGAUCUACCUUUCCAUUUGAAGACUUGUUUGUUGCACUUAAGUGGGUAUCCAGAAGAUAUCUUCAUUCCCAAAAAUACGGUGAUAUGGAAGUGGGUAGCGGAAGGAUUUAUACCUAUGGGUCAAGAGAUCAGUGCAUUUGAGCUGGGACAAAGCUACUAUAAUGAUCUUAUAAAUAGGAGUAUGAUACAGUCAAUAGAGCCAGACAGUAUGGAGAUGAUAGAUGGUUGCCGUGUUCACGACAUUGUGCUCGAUCUCAUCCGCACCUUGUCAAGAGAAGUAAACUUUGUUACAAUACUAGACAAGGUGCAACACAACACAUGUUCGGCCAGCACAAGCAUGAGCACUCGUAGGUUAGCCAUACAUGGUGGAUCCAUUGGCCAUAUGGAUAUGGGAUAUGUGAGGUCAUUUAAUGUUAUCAGGUCUGUUGGUCUUGUUCUGCCUCCACUUCUGAGCUUUAAAGUAUUACGAGUACUGGCCCUAGAGUACUGUGAUUUCCCCGUAGGAGGUUGUAAUUUUGAUCAUCUUGGGAAGUUGGUUCAGCUGAGGUACCUAGGGAUGAUGGGAACACCUGUUACUGAGCUCCCAAGUGACUUAGGGCAUCAUCUCAAGUUCUUGCAGGCACUGAAUAUUAAGCACACCGGCAUAAAAGAAUUACCAUCUUCUGUAGGUGAGCUAACCAAGCUAAUGUGUCUGCAUGCUUUUGAGGGCACAAGGAUGAUGGGCAGUAUAGGGAAGCUGACGUCCCUAGAAGAGCUAGAGCUACACCAUGUCGACAAAUCCCCAGACUUCACAACCGAGUUGGGAAAGCUGACACAGUUGAGGGUGCUCGAAAUCUAUUUCGACGAGAUGGACGAGAGUGUGCAUAGGGCUCUCGCCAAGUCUUUGUGCAACCUGCAUAGAGUGCAGACUCUCAAGAUCUGGGUUGAGCAGGAUGAAUCAGUUCAGGUUGAUUGGUGGGAAGUGUGGGCUCCCCCUUCAGAUCUCCGCCAGUUGUCAUUGUCAGGCAUGAUUUUACCAAGGCGUCCAUCGUGGAUGGAACCUUCUUGUCUUCCACAUAUCUCCUACCUAUGGUUCGAAGUGGGAGAGUUGAAAGCACAAGAUCUACAAAUCCUCGGGAGGUUGAAGUCACUUCGCUUUCUGUACCUAUCAGCUAACGAUGAACACACCCUAUCAUAUACUGUUGGUAGCCAUGAGUUCCAGAACUUGACAUAUCUUGACACAGACAUAAAGAUUGUAUGUGGAGAGGGUGCAUUGCCAAUGCUUGAAGAAUUGGAAUGCUAUGCUAGUGUGGGAAAUGAUGUUGGCUUGGCAAGAAAUAUGCCUUUCCUCAAGGAAGUCAAAUACACGCUCGAUUCCCUGGACGACUGUUCUGGUGAGGAGGUGGAGGCAACAGAGGACGCGCUGAGGCACGCUGCAAAAACGCACCCCAACCAUCCCAAAAUCAAGAUAUCAAGAUCAGACGAAGAGUCUGAUGAUUCUGACGAUGAUGACAACAGUGAUGACGGAUUGGAGGAAGUGUCUUCAUCAGAUGAAAAAAAGUAUGACGAGGAUGGAGAUGGCGGAUCCGAGGAGGAGGUCUCAGGUACUGACCAAGAGUCAGAUGACGAGGACGAAGGAUCCAAGAGAGUUAACAAUGGAGAUGAAGAGGAAGAGUAUGACGAUGAUGAAGAUGGCGGAUCCGAGGAGGAGGUUUCCGGUACUGACCAAGAGUCAAAGGAUGAUGUGGCGGAAAAUAUAUCUCAUCUCACCAUAGACAAGGAGGCGGCGGCGAGUUGACCUGAACCUUUUCCUCUUCUUUCAAUCAUGGUUUUCACCAAGUUUAACAAUGCGUUGGUGCUAUCUCAGGAUGCCUUCUGCAAUCUUGCUGCCAGUUGAAAGGAAGUGUUAUUGGGGUUAAUUCAUCCAUCAAGGGAAGAACUGAUUGAAAAAAAUAAAAUGGUUAUUCGCGUUCACCAUUAGAGAAAAAAAACUCUUAUUUUGUUGUAUUGUACAUUAGUGUUAUGUUCCUUGAAAUCAAUUCGUUGGGCAUUAAAAAAACAAAAAAAAUAAUUGAAAG